UACUGCACAUGGACACUGACAUGUAUUUUUUCUUUUAUAUUGGCUAUCUGAUUACAAGAAUUAAUGUUCUCAAAUAUUAAUAUUGUACGUUCAACAAGAGAUCAUACUUGGUUGGCGCAACACAGCUAACUUCAGCUAAUUCCCCACCUGUUAAUUCUAUCCCACUAUUCUGCACUUUCGACUAUAUUAGUCAUAUACAUGGUGGACAAAAAUAUAUGAAUACCGAAAAGGAGUAAUAAUGCAGAACAAGUAUGAUUAUGUGGUGAAUAACAAAAUUCGGUUACCACCACGUUUCUAAAAUUCUCAAACUUCCAAAUCUUCAAAUCUUUAAAUCCAAAUUCUGUAUCUAACGCCCAUUGUAGUUGUGCUUCAUAUAUGAAGUAUACAAAAUAAAAAAUCACUAAGUAUAUGCUUUUGGCGUCUUAAAAAACGAAAACGAGCAUGCAUGUUGCUCUUGGUUACGAUGCGUUCUCGAACCAAUCAAAGCUGCUAUGCGCAGAAUGAACAAGAAUUCGUUUGAUGAUGAGUAUGAUCUACCGUUAAACGAAUAAUAUCUCCAAUGACAAUCGUUUUCGUGGAUAAUGUUCGAUUAUCAUGAACGACAUGUCUCAAUCAGGUUAGAAAAUGAUUGUAACAUCACAGUCGUAUGCAAGCCAAAUUUUAGACGAAUGUAAGAAAGUAAAGUAUACGCGCGAUUUCGCGUCCUACGAUCAAUAGCAAUUACCAGGACAAAUAUCAAAAUCCAAAUGCCUCUGAGUUCGAGGAAUUGUCCCCACAUCGCCAAUCGUUGUGAUCUUGCAUUUAUUGAGACUGUCGUGUCUCAGAAAGAAAGAUUUAUAAAAUGUAGUGAAUGUGAUACAAGCGGGCCUAACUUAUGGUUGUGCUUGUUUCCUGAAUGUCUUUGGGUCGGGUGCGCUGAAACACAUUUGGAUCAUAGCACUGUACACAACCAAAAAUUUCCUUCCCACUGUGCUCACAUGAAUCUUUCUACAAAUCGUAUAUGGUGUUAUGCUUGUAAAAGAGAAGUUUUAACCAGGCAUGUACCGUCUCCACCACGGUCACCUACACAAGUAGAUAUUAAAAACCAGAGUAAUAAGUUUGCUGGCGAUGCACCUGUUAAUAUAGAUUGUAAAACUGAUGAUCUUAAUAGACUUAUACUGGAUAAGAUUUAUGGUGAACUUUUAAAUAGAGUUAAUUAUGAGAAAGAUGGGCUGUUUAAUGAAAAAUCUGGUGACUCACCAGACAGUACAGAUUCAGAUGAAAGCAAAGAUUUUAAUGGGAAACCAAGAGGUCUUGUUGGUCUUCAAAAUAUUGGCAAUACAUGUUAUAUGAAUGCUGCACUUCAAGCUUUAUCGAAUGUACCUCCUUUGACACAAUUCUUUUUGGAUUGUGGUCAUAUGGUUAGCUAUAUGUCCAAAGAUAGAAAACCUGGUUUAAGUCUAAGUUAUUUAAACCUUAUUCGAGACAUGUGGAACAGGAAAACAAGAGGAUAUGUUGUACCACAUGGAAUAUUAUCUGGUAUUCGUACAGUUCAUCCAAUGUUUAGAGGAUACCAUCAACACGAUACUCAAGAAUUUUUGAGAUGCUUUAUGGAUCAACUACAUGAGGAAUUGAAAGAACAUAUCGAAGAUGAUCGUGAUAGUUUAUUACGAUUAAAGGGAUUAGGAGAGCAAUCAUCAGAUGAAGAUGAAACUGAAAUUGAUGGAAAUGGUUCAAGUCAGUCUGAUGCCGAGUAUGAAACUUGUGAUUCUGGAGUAAGUGAACAAAGUUCUCUUAGUGAUGAAGGUGAACGUGGUACAAAACGUAGGUAUUCUCGUGUGUCUCAGUCAGAGAAGCUAAGAAGUAAAUUUACAAACAGGAGUAUCAAAAAAUCAACUGUAGAUCCACCGUUUUCUCAAUCACAAAGAUCUACACAAAAUUCACCUGUUAAGUACAGAACUAAAAAACAAAUGAAAACUCGAAGUAUCAUCAGUGAUAUAUUUGAUGGUAAACUGUUAAGUAGCGUACAAUGUCUUACAUGUGAUAGGAUUUCAACAAGAGUAGAAACUUUUCAAGAUUUGUCAUUACCCAUUCCAAGUAGAGAUCACAUUGAUAUGUUACAUCAAGGAUCUCUAACUCCACAGAAAGCAGGGCCAUGUUCAGAUGUUGUAUAUGUAACCAAUCAAUCUGGUUGGUUGUCUUGGUUCUUGCAAUGGAUGCGCUCUUGGUUUUGGGGGCCAGUUGUUAGUCUUCAUGACUGUCUUUCUGCAUUUUUUAGUGCAGACGAACUUAAAGGAGAUAAUAUGUAUAGUUGUGAAAAGUGUAACAAGCUGCGUAAUGGAAUUAAAUUUUCCAAAGUUUUAGAAUUACCAGAAAUAUUAUGCGUUCAUUUAAAAAGGUUUCGUCAUGAACUGAUGUUUAGUUCAAAAAUAGCAAAUUAUGUUUCAUUUCCACUGGAGGGAUUAGAUAUGCGACCAUAUUUGCACAAAGAAUGUGUAUCCAAAGUAACUAUGUAUGAUUUGAUAUCGGUAAUUUGUCAUCAUGGAACAGCUGGUGGUGGGCAUUAUACUUGUUAUGCAUUAAAUCCAAUUGUUAAUAAGUGGUUUGAGUUUGAUGAUCAGUGUGUCACUGAAGUUUCACCAGAAACAGUAAAGCAUUGUGAAGCUUACGUGUUAUUUUAUAAAAAGUGGUCACCAGAAAUGUUACAAUUACGUGAUAAAACUAUGGAGUUGAUGGAAAUUUCAUCGAGAGAAUUGUCUGAUUUGAAUUUCUUUGUGUCACGGCAAUGGAUAAAUCGUUUUAACACAUUUUCAGAACCAGGACCUAUAGAUAAUUCAGAUUUUCUUUGUCCACAUGGUGGUGUUAAUCCUGUUAGAGCACAGUUUGUAGACAAGCUUAGCAUGCCCAUUCCACAAGCAGUUUGGGAAUAUUUAUAUAAUACAUUUGGAGGUGGUCCAGCGUGUACUCAUUUAUAUGAAUGUCCAGUCUGUGAAGAAAAGUAUGAAUUGUUACAAAAAAGGAGACAAUAUGAGAUGGAGGUAUUUCAACGAUUAAAUCAUAAUGCAGAUAAUCCUACAGCUAUUUAUGGAUUGGCUAUGGCUUGGUUAAGACAGUGGCAAAGUUUUGUAAGAGGUAAAGAAACACAACCACCUGGACCAAUUGAUAAUAAUUCUAUUAUAAUAAAUAAAAAUGGGCAAAACAUUCUUAAAGUGAGCUCAGAUUAUGGACAAAUACCAGAAGAACUCUGGCAGUUUUUCUUAACAACAUAUGGUGGAGGACCAGAAUUAAUGUUGCAUUCAUGUCAAAGACCUGUUUCUGCUCAGUCUAACGUACCAUUACAUUCCACUUCAAAUUCAAAUUUAGAUCAGAAUUUUAAAUCGAAUCGCACAGAAAUGAAAUCCAAUAAACUGUGUAUGACUAGAAGUUCUGAAACAGUUUUACAACAAGACAGUGCUAUUGAAAGUUUAACUUCUGAUAGUGAUUCUCAUCAAACACAAAGAGAUGCCACUGAAUAAAUUAAUUACUUCAACAUUUUAUGGUUAUACAUACAAAUUAACACUUCUACAUGGACAUUAAAGUUACGAUUGAUAUCCUCACAUAAAGGAAUCAAUGUCUAAUUGUUAUGUCCUAGCUGUGUUACAAAUUGUUAGAUUUGUAAAACAGAAAUAUCUUCUUUCACAAAGUUAUUUACACUGUACUCCUUGUACAAUAAGUAUAUAUUGUGAGAAGUUAUUCAAAAAUUUUAAACAAUUUUUGAGCAUUUAGUGACAUUCGCCUAGUGUGUUUUUUUUUGUAACUACGUGCAAUUUAAUGUAAAUUUGUGGGUAUUAUCUGUAUUUGAUGGGAAAUUAGUACAAAAUUUGGAAUUUAUAAGUGUAUUAUUUAAAGAUAAAUAUUGAGUUGUAUUCUUUGUCUAAGUCGGUAAUGUAUUAUUAAUCUACCGACUUUGAUAUCAAAUUUAACACUUCCUCUUUGUACGCUUACUAUAAUAUCAGUGUAUCAUUGUUGCAUAUACAAAAUACUGUCACAAUCUUGUAAAAUACAACAUAUUUCUUGAUUUAUAUUCGUCCAUUAAAACAGAAAUAAAAAAAAAUUUAUAUAUACAAAUAUAUAUAUAUAUAUAUAUAUUAUAGAUAUAUAUAUGUAUAUGAUAUGCAUAUAAGUGGAAGACUGAAAAAUGAAAUCGACUUAAUUUAGCAGAAAUUUUAGUUAAUGUUGGUGAAAUAUACCAAUCAAAAUCUAUCGCAACAAAACUUUACAGAACACUAGUAACAUAUACAAGCUUUGUACUGUAGAAAAUUUAGUGGAAAAUUUUAAAUAUCUACUGCAUUCACUUCUAUAAUAAUUAACUUAUAAAUUCAUUAAUAUGUAAAUUUAUUAAUGUCUUUAUGGUAAAAUUUAGGGAAAAGCAUUUCUUUUGUUGUUGUGAUCUCACGGCCUUGGAAUGUUACCAGAAUUGUGUGCAGUAUAGUGUAACAUAUUCAUAUUGUAUGUGAGAAACUAUUUGUUUAAGUGUUACUAUAAUUUGAAUUACAAAAGCAGGGACACAAACGAUUGUACAGUUAAUAUCAAUUAUUAAUGGUCGUUGUGAAAAGUAACAUACCUAAGAUAAAUAAUAAACAAGUUGGUUUCUUUAUUUAUUGAAA